CUUCAGCUCACGUUUCAUGAAACGUUUCCUCCAUGUUUAGAACACGUAAAAGCUAACAGAAAGGCACUGCUUAACCAUUUUUAUUUCUAUCGAGCGGAGCGUGUAAAUUGGCUCUUAUGGGAAUGAAGCACUCCUCCCGCUGCAUGCUCCUCCGGAGGAAGAUGGCGGAGUCGGACAGCAAUGAGCAACCACAGCCUCCGCCGCAGCAGCCAAUCCGCAUCAUCCAGUCCCGGUCGACCCAGCCAAGCCCUCUACCCAGGCCGGUGCCCUCCGUCCAGCCGGGGGCACGGCCGUCCCACUCCACACACAGCCCCCAUGGGGCCAGCCUGCCCAGCUCUCCUGGUAGGGGGAAGAUGGCCAAGCUCCUCAACCCAGAAGAGAUGACCUCGAGAGACUAUUACUUUGACUCCUACGCCCACUUUGGCAUCCAUGAGGAAAUGCUGAAGGACGAGGUCCGGACCCUGGCCUACAGGAACUCCAUGUACCACAACAAGCAUGCCUUCAAGGACAAGGUGGUGCUGGAUGUGGGCAGCGGGACGGGGAUCCUCUCCAUGUUCGCGGCCAAGGCCGGAGCCAAGCACGUGUACGGGAUUGAGUGUUCCAGCAUAUCAGAGUAUUCUGAGAGGAUCAUCAAGUCCAACCACCUGGACAGUGUGAUCACCAUCUUCCGAGGCAAGGUGGAGGAGGUGGAGUUACCCGUUGAGAAGGUGGACAUCAUCAUCUCAGAGUGGAUGGGCUACUGCCUCUUCUACGAGUCUAUGCUCAACACCGUCAUCUUCGCCAGGGACAAGUGGCUGAAACCAGGAGGAUUAAUGUUCCCUGACCGGGCUGCACUCUAUGUGGUAGCCAUAGAGGACAGGCAGUAUAAAGACUUCAAAAUACACUGGUGGGAGAACGUGUACGGGUUCGACAUGACGUGCAUACGCAACGUGGCCAUGAGGGAGCCUCUGGUGGACAUCGUGGACAGCAAACAGGUGGUGACCAACUCCUGCCUGGUCAAGGAGGUGGACAUCUACACGGUGAAGGCCGAGGACCUGUCCUUCACCUCGGCCUUCUGCCUGCAGAUCCAGAGGAACGACUACGUCCACGCCCUGGUCACCUACUUCAACAUAGAGUUCACCAAGUGUCACAAGAAGACCGGCUUCUCAACCGCUCCAGACGCUCCGUACACCCACUGGAAACAGACGGUGUUCUACCUGGAGGAUUACCUGACCGUCAGGAGGGGGGAGGAGAUCACCGGCAGCAUCGCUCUGCAGCCCAACGAGAAGAAUAAUCGUGACUUGGACUUCACCUUUGAGCUGGAUUUUAAAGGCCAGCUGUGUGAGGCAGCCAUAUCCCACGACUACAAGAUGCGCUAGGAUGGGCGUACGGGAGGAUGUUGUCAGGUGACAGCCCCAAACAACACACCAAGGGAGAAGAGCCUGCCCCUUCGGACCAGAAGCACAAAAGGGAUACGGUCAAAACUAAGGAAGGUGCUAGGAGAUUAGUCCAGGUCAAAAAUAUAAUAAAUGCUUCAACGAAGGCAUGGCAUGUCAGCAGCCAUGUCACCUUGUAGGGAAUAAGUGCGGGGUUCUUCAAACUGACUGUUACUUGAGACAACUCUGAAUGUUAACACCUCUUGAAUCGUUGAAUGUUUUCCAUUCUCGUUGCAUUACAAUACAUGUUGAUGGUUGUUGAUGUGUAAGAUGUGAGUGAUGUAGCCGCUAGGUGACCGUCUGUUUUGACCGUCCAUUUAAACAUAACAUUCAACAUCCUGAAGUGUUGAUACAUUCGUGAAGCGCUUUGUUAGAGAAACCCUUCAAUUUAAAUCCAUUUGCUUGAAAUACGGGGAAAUUGCAGCACUUCACCACGUGAGUGAAUGGUAUAUGUGUGUGUGUGCGUGUGUGUGUGUGUGUGUGUGUGUGUGUGUGUGUGUGUGUGUGUGUGUGUGUGUGUGUGUGUGUGUGUGUGUGUGUGGUACAUGUAACAGUUGAUGUGUCUCUGCCGUGAGUCCUUGUUUCAGUGCUGUGUGCUUUAUGAUAAGAUGGGUGCUCACUGCUCUGACAGCACUCCGAACACGGUGUUCUACUCACUCUGCAAUCGAUUCUGAUAGCGUACAUAUUUUAAAUGCCUUGACUUUUUUUCCAGACGUUUUGUUUCCAGUCCCAUAGACGGACCUUUGAACUAUUGGUAUAAUUUAUCUGGUAUCACUAUAUUGCACAAUACUGCAGGUCAGCCCAGGGUUUGGCCAGAAUUUUUGCACUGUUCUCAAAUGCAUCCAACGGGUCCUUUCUGAGAGGAUUUAACAGCCAGCAAUGGGUGUCUAUUUUGCUUACAUAUCUAAUUAGUUGCAUUCAUAAUUGAGUCAGGAUUGGAGUGUUUUGGCUGGUUAACUUAAAAAAAAUUUAUACGUGUGGAGACAUGUUCCAAUGGGGUCUCAUGAGUGUUGAUCCUUGAUCUUCAAAGAUGGUGAUGUUGUUCGCCUGCUCUCAGAAAGGUCUUUAACAAGGUGGUGCUUGGAACGCUACCUCCUCCAGUAAAUCACCUAGACAUCGAUCCAGUUCACCAAUAAAGACCUCUGGGACAGAUCUGCCCAUUGUCCCGCUCAACACUUUAUUUAGACCAAAUGUCAGGGUUAUGUGCCUCACAACAUGUCGAGAACACCCUGCGCUGAUUAGAAGUACAAGUCUGAAUCGUGAGCCAUUCAAGCAUUAAGCAGACAAAACAAGUUCCCCUAAUGAUGCGAAAUGCUGGUGAAUCUCGAUGGCCACAUAGUCAGAAGGCUAUAAGAAUGUAAUGGGGAAUGUAAACAUUAGGAUAAUUGGUUGAAUGAGCCGUUCAAAAUUCCACAAUUAACAUGAAUAAACAAUGAUUCCACAUGAACACGAUGACGCUACAGUAGGUUAAUGAGGCACUCAGUUAAGCCCAUAUUUGUUAUUCAGUUUUCCUAUGAUCACCAUUCUUUCAUUACAUUAUACUGUCAUUGCCAUGUGUUAAUGUGAAGCACUUUGUGAAUUGUAAUGAAAGGUGCUAUGAAAUUAAAGUGAUUGUAUUGUUACUAUGAUUUCUGCUAUUAACCAUUUCAAAGUGCAGCGUGACAAUAGUCCAAUGCCAAACAGUAAAACCCAUUGUACAUCCUUGGUCUUUCCAUCAGUCCUCUAAUCAUUCAUAUCUUGGGCCUGCUAAAGAUACAUUGAUGAUAAAUAAAUACGUGUGGUGGCCAAUAGAAUCAAUACAAUGACUGGCACAAAAUCUUUGAUAAAUAACACUGACAACAUAUCCAACAAUAGAACAUCAGUAAUAACAUCGGGUUAUGUACAACACUACUACAAAAAUACAAUUUUAAUCUAUUUUUUACUGUUUACACGUAACCAUUUAUAUAUUUUUAAUAAAAUAUCUUUAAAAUAUGCUCUUGAAUGUGCGACUGAACCAUUGGGUCUGUGAGCUGACAGUAAAGGGAGUGGGAGAACAGAGUUUGCAGUCUAAAAGUCCAUGCAAAGUCUACUACAUCCAGAGACGGACUUCACCGUGUGUGCGUGUGCAUGCGUGUGUGGUCAGCAGCACGCACGCGUCUUCUGUGAGGGGCUGUGCGCCAGAAGGACCGUCUUCUCCUUGGCUCUGUCCUCUUGU